CCGGGUGUGGAAUUGCAGCUCAGCAGAGCAUCUCAAUAACUUGCUUGAUUGUAUGCGUGCAGAGUGCAGCUCAGCAGCUUGAUGUAGAUGAGGAGAAGCAGGUGAACCAUUUGAAGCGUGAAUGCUGCGAAUGAUGCAUGAGCGGCGAUCAGCUUCAUCAGGAUCUCCCUCCGCCUUCCCCGCGGUAGCAUCCGACCUUCGAAGGCCCUUCCCUCUCACAACACCAUCCUUUGACGCGCCAAAUUACUCGUUGGAGAGAUUGUUCGCACCGCCCCUGCUGCGCUUGACUCAAGUAUACGCAAAACGAUCAUCCUGACUCGCAGCUUCCUCGUGACGUGGAAAAGUUGGCCUGAUCGCCGAAAUACGACGCACCACAGCUCUACCUGCACCUGCACUCGUGACUGCCACACGCGUACAACACGACACACAGAAACAGCGCCAUCGAGGGGAACAAAAUCGCAAUUGCAAUCGCACUCGCCAUGGCUCCCUCCAACCAGCAAGAAGAAGAAGCGUCGAGCGGCAAUCUGCUCACCAUGUUGCUCUCCCAAGCAGCCGAAAUCGACUUUAGCGAUCCCAAUGCCGAGGGAAGUAGCAGCAGCGACAAAUCCAACGACCCUACCCGACUGCUGGUGGAAGGUUGGGAGAUCAGCAAACUGUUUGCCAUCAUCGAAUUCGCCUUUUUGCAUGCGCAGGACGAGGAGGGCAUCAUGGCCGGGCUGGACAUGAUGAGUAGAAAGGAGGCCAUCAAAUCCAUCAAUGGCGUAUUCCUGUUUGUGGUCAAGAAUGCAAAUGGCAAAGAGCAAGAGUUUUUCGUGGACAUGAGAAAGACGGGAACUUUCAAUCUCGAGGUGCCAAAGAAGCCAAAGCCGGACGUGACCAUUCGAGUUGGAGACAAGGAUAUGGUGCGUCUCGCCACAGGUCAAAUGAAUCCUCAAGCUGCGUUCCUCAAGGGCAAAUUGAAGGUCAAGGGAAACGUCAUGCUAGGUCUCAGGUGCCAGAACCUCUUGAUGAAAGAAGUCGGCAAGAUGAGCAGGCUGUAAAGCAGCAAAGGUUCAAAGCCGGCAUGAACAUUUCUUGCGCCUCUUGCGAAAAGAUUCAACAAAGCCUAUCGCCAGCCUAAUCUUUCCUCGCCCGGCUCGAGGAAGAGAUGUGCAAUGGUAGGCGAUACACUUUCUACUUGCCACCUUUGUCAGCGGUAGCAACGGGAGUGAGCGUGAUUGGGAUCUCAAUGUUUUGCGGGCUGGUAGGACCGGUUGGGAAUACAUAGGCUUGAGGGUCUUCCGUUAUCUUUUGAUCGCCCCAUUUGUAUGCCUGAGGCUUAGUGAUGAAAUCCAUCUUUG